AUGAUUUCAGGUUAUCUCGCAAGAAAGUUAGCUCUUCUCCACCAUCCAAGCCUCUUCCUUUCUCUUUCUGCUUUCGCCAACAUUUCCGAACUAAAAAGGGUUCACGCCCACAUCAUAAUCUCCGGUCUCGCCAAUGACGACCUCACCACAGCCAGACUCUUAGCUUUCGCUGCCAUUUCUGGGGACUUCCAUUACGCCCAAACUCUCUUCGACCAAGUCGAACACCCUACUCUUUUCAUGUACAAUUCCAUGAUCAGAGGCUUCUCCCAAAGCUUCGACACAUUAGAAUCCAUUCACCUCUACAUUCGGAUGCUCCUUGAUCGUAUCUCACCGGAUAACUACACUUUCCCUUUUCUAUUCCAAUCUUGUUCGAAUAAGGCGUUCUUCUUUGAAGGGCAACAACUCCAUGACCAUGCUAUAAAGUUCGGGAUCGAUUAUGAUGUUUUCGUCUUAAAUAACUUGAUCAUCAGGAUGUAUUCAAAUUGCCGAGAACUUGAUUAUGCUCGUCGUUUAUUUGAAGAACGUAACAGCAUAGUUAAUGUCAUAUCUUGGACUACAAUGGUUACCGGGUACUCGAAUUGUGGGGAUAUUGAUGUGGCUCUCCAGUUCUUCGAUCGGAUGCCAUGUAGAAAUGUAGUUUCAUGGACUGCAAUGAUUGUAGGCUAUGUACAGAUGGAAAAAUAUGAUGAAGCAAGACAAUUGUUUGAUGAAAUGUCUGAAAGAAAUGUAGACUCAUGA